GCCCCCGUCCCGGUGCAGCCCUGCGGAGCUCGGCGCCGCGGCGCCCCGCCGCCGGCCAUGGCCGUGCCCGCCGCACUGCUCAGCCCGCAUCAUCUCCUCUCCUUCUGCUUCCCCGCCGGCGGCCUGCUGGGCUAUGCCGACCUGGAGAAGGGCUACGAAGGAGGAGGAGGAGUAGGAGGAGGAGGAGGCGGCGGCGGCUGCGAGGCGGGGGACUUUAAGGAAGCCACCCGGGACCUGCUGAGCUUCAUCGACUCUGCCUCCAGCAACAUCAAGCUGGCGCUGGACAAGCCGGUGAAAUCCAAGCGGAAGGUGAACCACAGGAAAUACCUGCAGAAGCAGAUCAAGCGCUGCACCGGCAUCAUCGCCCCGCCGCCCGCCGCCCCGCCGCCCUCCGCCUGCCCCAAACCGCCUCCGCCGCCGCGCCGGGAGGGCUCUCAGGCGGGCAGCAGCCUACAGAGCCGCAGCCUGGCCGCCCUCUUCGGCUCCCUGCAGCCGGGCCGGGGCUCGGCGGGCUCGGACGGCGGAGGGGCGGCGGGAGGCGGCCCGCGGAAGGUGCCGCUGCGGGACCGCAACCUGCCGCCCUCCUUCUUCACCGAGCCGGGCGCCAAGGAGACGGAGAAGGGAGGCGGGCCGGAGGCGGCCGAGUUCUUCGAGCUGCUGGGCCCCGAGUACGGCGCGCUGCUGCCCGAGCACGCGGCCCCUCCGCAGGACGCCUUCCCCGCCGGCCGGCCGCCCGCCGAGCUGGGGCUGGAGCACGGGCUGUACGAGGCCGCGCCGCUGCCCGCCGCUCCGCACCCGCUGCUGGGCGGGCUGCUGUACCCCGAGCCGCCCUGGAGCCCGCCCGGGCCCUGCAGCCCUGCCAAGAAGGCGCCGCCCGAGGCGCUGCGCCCGCUGUACCCGGAGCCGGCCGCCGGCGGCGACGCCUUCGGGCCCUUCUUCCCCGAGUGCCCCCUGCCCCCCCCGCAGAUGCCCUACGACUACGGCGGCGGCUUCCACCGGGCGGCCUACACCGGGCUGUAGGGCGGGGCCGGCCCCGGGCCGCGGGCACCUCCGCGUGGGACGAAGGAAGGGGGAAGGAGCGGCGCGGGGCUGCGGCCGGGACCCGCGGGGCGGCGAGGAGAGCUGGGCUCGCCCGCCUCGGGCAGGUGUUUUUUCUAGCGAGCCUUAGCUUGCCGUAGGGCUGCGCGUCGCUAGGCGGGCGGGACGCGACGGCCGCGUCCGAAGUGACACCGCGACCGCUUGUAAACGAUUUCGCUUUGGAAGUCAAACUCGAGCCAACCUCUGUGCUGCGCCGAACGGCGUCCCCAGCCGCGCGGGCGGCCCCGGCGGAUUUGCAGCCGAGGGCACAAAGGGGAGCGAGAAGGAAGCAAAAGCGAACCAACACAGCCGCCGCUGCCGCACGUGGGGUGUGCUGAAAUCUCCCGGCGUCUCGCAGGAGCUGCGAACAGAAUUUAAGUGACAGCGUCGGCUGCGGACAGAAGCGCAGCCCGGCUGUGCCAUCCCUGCAGACGGCUGGAUGUCUUUCAGGAAUGUGUCAGGGCUCGGAAAGCAGCGCGGCUCGCUCUCAUUGUGUACAGGAGAUUAUUUGAUAAUCGUUUAAGUUAUGUAAAAGAGUCUAUGAUAGGUCCCGUAAAAAUAAAGCUACGCAGUAGAUCUGA